AUGUGUCGAUACUUCAAUUCGAUUCAGCAGCUUCUAGUAGUUACCGGCCUCGUUAUCGUUGCAUCAAUCAACAGGAGGAAACCUCCGACUCCUCCCCCUAGCCUUGAAAAUGAUGGAGCUGAAGCGAAUCUCGCAGCUGAGAAGUUUAACAUCUUCGACUCACUGCCGACAUAUCGACAAAUUUUAUCAGAAAGUCUGAUAUUCGGUACAACGCUUCAAGGACUUCUUCGACAACGAUGUGGAAAACUUAGUGAGCAAGAAAAGACACGCUUACUAAUCAACCCCUUGGACGAAGACUGUCACCAGUUUCUUUAUGGCUCUAUUGCGCCGAGGCAACCGACAAAACUGUCAUGGGAUGAAGCCAUUGCCACCGUGGAUCUUCUAUUUGGUUCUGCAAAGGCCUCACUCCGUUUACAGCUCGAGUGCUUCAAAGUCAGGUACGACUACGGGGAUUUCAAUAGCUACGAGGCUCUUGUGCGCACGCAAAUUUCUGAUGUCACUUAUGACUUCAUAAGCUUCGAUGGCCUCUGA